GCUCGCAGGGCCCAUCCCGAGGUCUCUGCCUUCCUAUCCGCAGUAGCGUAUCGCUUCGUCCAGCGGUCCAGGGAUUGAUAUCUCCACCCGCGAUCGAUCGGAAGAGAGGGGAAAACGAGAGAGGGAGAGAUUGAAUCGAAGGGAGAAGAGAUGGAGAAGGCGAUCAACAGGCAGCGAGUCCUCCUUCAACACCUCCAGCCAUCUUCUCCUUCCCCCAAUGAAUCGCCCAUGCUAUCGGCUUCUAUUUGUGCUGCUGGCGAUAGUGCAGCGUAUCAGAGGAGUUCUUGCUUUGGAGAUGAUGUCGUCGUUGUGGCUGCUUAUCGAACUCCAAUUUGCAAGUCCAAACGAGGAGGAUUUAAAGAUACAUACCCUGAGGACCUGCUAGCAACUAUUCUUAAGGGAUUGUUGGACAAGACUAAACUGAAUCCAAAUGAAGUUGGUGAUAUUGUGGUUGGCACUGUCCUGGCACCAGGCUCUCAAAGAGCAACCGAGUGCAGGAUGGCAGCAUUCUAUGCUGGUUUCCCUGAAAAUGUGCCUGUCAGAACUGUCAACCGGCAAUGCUCGUCUGGCCUUCAGGCAGUUGCUGAUGUUGCUGCUUCCAUAAAAGCUGGGUUUUAUGAUAUUGGCAUUGGUGCUGGGCUAGAAUCUAUGACUGCUAAUUCAGUUUCUUGGGAAGGGUCAAUAAAUCCAAAAGUAAAUACACUUCAACAAGCUCAAGCUUGUCUCCUUCCCAUGGGAAUUACCUCCGAAAACGUUGCUCAUCGUUAUGGUGUAACCCGACAGGAGCAAGAUCAGGCUGCUGUUGAAUCUCAUAGGCGGGCAGCUGCAGCAACUGCAUCUGGAAAAUUUAGAGAUGAAAUCAUUCCUGUUACCACCAAGAUUGUAGACCCAAAAACUGGAAAAGAAAAACAAGUGACAAUAUCUAUGGAUGAUGGAUUUCGGCCAGAUUCAUCAUUGUCAAGUCUUGCAAAGCUCAAACCCGUAUUUCAAAAGGAUGGGAGCACAACUGCUGGCAAUUCUAGUCAAGUGAGUGACGGUGCCGCAGCAGUCCUCCUCAUGAGGAGAGAUGUAGCCAUCAAGAAGGGGUUCCCCAUAUUCGGUGUAUUCAGGAGCUUUGCUGCAGUGGGAGUGGAUCCUGCUGUUAUGGGCAUUGGUCCUGCUGUUGCAAUACCUGCUGCAGUAAAAUCUGCUGGUCUUCAGAUUGAAGAUAUCGACCUCUUUGAACUAAAUGAGGCUUUUGCCUCUCAAUUUGUUUAUUGCUGCAAGAAGCUGGAGCUGGAUCCAGCAAAAGUAAAUGUAAAUGGAGGUGCAAUUGCUCUUGGGCAUCCGUUGGGUGCAACAGGUGCCCGAUGUGUGGCUACUCUGCUUAAUGAAAUGAAGCGCAAGGGCAAAGACUGCCGUUUUGGAGUGGUUACGAUGUGCAUAGGCUCCGGAAUGGGUGCUGCCGCCGUCUUUGAAAGAGGGGAUGGAGUUGAUGAACUCUGCAAUGCUCGGAAGAUCCAGUCACAGAACCUGCUGUCCAAGGAUGCUCUGUAGAACCAUCCAUCAAAAUUACGAGUCAUGGUAAUACUGCUACUAAUAAAUUAAGUUCUAGAAUGUAUUGGAUCAUAGCUUGCCUGAUCUGAUGAGGUCAUCUGAAAAUAACAAGAUUACACCUCAGAGUAGGUAGCGCCCUUGUGUAAGUUGAAGUGCCCUGUCGGUACAGUAGAAUCUCAGGGAACUCGAACAUCCCAACUGAUGCACUUCAACUAUUCUAAAACUCUAGAAUCCAUAAGACACCUGGAAUAAUUUUAGUAUAUUUCUAAUAUAUUAUUUUUGCGUAAUUUCUUA